AUGUAUUACAGCUGGAUCUCAUGGAGGCAUUUCCUCAGCUGAGGCGCCUUCCUCUCUGAUGACUCUAGCUUGUGUCAAGUUGAUACAGAGCUAGCUAAUACAGUCCCUUUGCCUUCAGUAAGCGUUAGAGGAUAAACAAACUUGACUAGUAGGGCAUACACUAAUUUUAGUAACUAAGAUUAGGCAUGGGAGGUAAGUAGGUAAGCAAAGAUAAGGAUAAGUAUUAGAUUUAGAUCAACUUUGAAAAUGAAAAAAUAAUUGAUAUGGUGGGCAAUAAACUGGGAGGGGAAAGCCAAAAUACUUAGGACCCACAGAUUUUAGAGACUGUUAAAGCUAGGGAUGGUGUAAUCAAGAAAUAAAGAGAGAGGUAUAAGGCUGGGAGAAAAAGGAAGACAGGAGUAAGAGGAGAGUGUAUGAGGGGCCGGUGAAAAGUACAAGUAGAAAGUGACAAUAAACGAGUGGGUAGAGAAAUACACAGUACAGUCUAGAAACCAUCAGAUGUACAGGCAAGGGUAGGAAUUAAUAACAAGAAGUAAGAAAUUAGAAUAGUACUCUGUGGAAUACAUUUCUGGCACAGUUGUGCUGAUUGGAAAGGUGAAGUUGUCACAUCCCUCUGGCUCCAGCAGGCUCCAUUUGGUGCUUGGUGAGAGAGGCUUGAGUGGCAGCCGUCAGUCUUUGCAGAGGAGAGAGGCUGUAAAUCCUUUCAUUAUGCUUCUGUCAGACCCCAUGUAGAUUGUUUUUAAUGAGACAGGUCAAGGUUUCUGUGUUACCUAUCAAACAGAAUUAUUGUGAAGGAAAAAUGCUUUUGAUAAUAACAGAUUACUUAGAACAUGAAGAAUUAUGCAUUGUUUACUUUGAAAUUUGUAAUCCAUACCCUUCAAUGUUGUCUGUUUUGCCAGAUACUGAUAGUAUGAAGCCACUGGAGGGUGUGAGAAUUCUGGAUCUAACAAGAGUACUGGCAGGACCUUUUGCCACUAUGAAUUUAGGCGACCUUGGAGCAGAAGUUAUAAAGGUGGAAAGACCAGGAGCUGGUGAUGACACACGAACUUGGGGACCUCCUUUUGUGGACACAGAAAGUACAUAUUUUCUCAGUGUUAAUCGAAAUAAAAAAAGUAUAGCUGUUAAUAUCAAGGAUCCGAGAGGGGUGAGAAUCGUCAAAGAGCUUGCAGCCAUUAGUGAUGUGUUUGUGGAAAACUAUGUCCCUGGCAAACUUUCUGAGAUGGGCCUAGGAUAUGAAGAUGUAGACAAGAUUGCUCCUCACAUCAUCUACUGUUCCAUCACAGGGUAUGGCCAGACAGGGCCCUUGUCUCAGAGAGCAGGUUACGAUGCUAUCGCCUCUGCUAUGUCUGGUCUGAUGCACAUUACAGGGCCCGAGGAUGGAGAGCCUGUUCGCCCAGGAGUGGCCAUGACUGACCUUGCCACUGGCCUGUUUGCCUAUGGAGCCAUUAUGGCUGGCCUCAUACGACGUUACAGAACUGGAAAAGGACUGUUCAUUGAUUGUAAUCUACUGUCAUCUCAGGUGGCAUGUUUGACCCAAGUAGCUGCUAAUUAUCUUAUUGGUCAAAAGGAAGCAAAACGCUGGGGCACAGCUCAUGGCAGCAUUGUUCCUUAUCAGGCUUUUAAAACCAAGGACGGCUACCUUGUAAUUGGAGCAGGAAGUAACCAGCAGUUUGCUGUUGUAUGCAAGGUCUUGAAUUUGCCUGAGUUGAUUGAUGAUUCCAAGUAUAAAACGAACCAUCUUCGGGUGCAGAAUAGAAAAGAGCUUAUUAAAAUCCUAUCUGCAAGGUUUGCAGAAGAAGUAACCGCCAAGUGGCUUUGUCUCUUUGAAGGAAGUGGGAUCCCAUACGGCCCAAUCAACAGUAUGAAGGAUGUGUUCUCUGAAGCUCAGGUAUUGCACAAUGGCCUCAUUAUGGAGAUGAAUCAUCCCACUGUGGGGAAGAUUUCAGUACCAGGUCCAGCUGUGAGAUAUAGCAAGUUCAAGAUGUCAGAGGCAAAGGCACCUCCCCUGCUGGGACAGCACACGAAGCACAUCCUGAAAGAGGUCCUCAGAUAUGAUGACAGGUCUAUUGGGGAGCUACUCAGCUCUGGUGUGAUACAACAACAUGAAACCAAGUGAGAGAGGAGAAUGCAUCAGAAAACUGCCCCUGGCUGGCCCAGACUAUGCUCUGUGCAUGCCUCUCCCUAGUCUUGAGCCCACUGAAAGGUAGAGUGAGAAAUGCAGUAUCCUGCCUGGAAGAUCCUUGGAUGACUUUAAAGUCUUGUGCCCAUUUAAAAACUUACGAUUUUGGCUUUUCCCCUAGAAAAUUUGUUGGUUUGUGGACUUUGAUUAAUUCUAUUUUUUUUCAUCCAUAAGAGCUGAUGACCAUUUGGUGAUAGAAUGUUGUUCUGAUUUGAUUACUCCACAAUGUACAUAUGUAUGGAAACAUCACGUUAUGAACUGUAGUUUCGAUUUGUCAAUUGAAAAUAAAACAAAAUAUAAAUUUU